AUGGUAGUAAAACCUGUAGAGACCGAGGGAGUCGCUGACAACUUGGAUUAUUGUUCUACAGAUGAGACACUGGCGGCUAGGGUUGAUCUACUGUUGCUCCUUUUAUACCUUUAUUCUUUUCAGGAUUUUGUGGUAGACUACUUUACAUAUCGACUACAACUUGCUGGCUUUGAAUGGUCUGACCGCGCUCCACUACCUGCAGAAAAUUUGGUGGAGUAUGGUGCAAUGAGAAAAAUGGCUUUAAUAUUUGAAAAGAAAUACGGGAAGGAAAUGAAAAAGAUGGUCGAAGAGAUUUCCAACGAGAAAAAAUUAACUUUUGAACGCUACAUUGAAGUAUGUGUUACUCAUUUUGUUUGUUUGAAUUACAUUUUCUUACAUGUAUAUGAAACCAUUACUUUUCAUGUCGUGCAAGAAUUUUUUAACGCCGAUGAUGAAUUUUCGAAACAUUUAUCGUACAGUCAUGUAGUUGGUUUGAUCUCCUUUGGUGGGCUUGUUGUUGUUGAGCUAGCCAAAAAAGGUGUUUCGUCUGAGAUCGAAUGUAUAACUGUUCAUACAUCUAAGUGUUUGGAGGAACGUAUCAAGCUGACUUGGGCGGAAGACUGCAGAUCUUGGGUACUGGUUUUUGAAAAACUUUUGAUACUAGUGUUUUUUUUCUAUUUCUCAUUAGAGUUAGAACUUUUUGGAAAGAAACAAGAACCAGUUUCAUUUUAA